AUAUCGGUAGGUUACAGAUAAGAUUUUUAACAGAUCCAGAAAACUGACUGACAAAUGUUCAGGACAUAUGCAACACACCUGGCCACCAGAUAUGGUUUAUCCAGGUAAAUCGACGCCCAUGAAGAAAAUGGACUGGACUCUGGUAUAUUUCACGUUGAGCCUGACAGUAGGCGGUGUAUACAGUGACACUACGGUGACCAUCCACCCUCAAUGGCUGGCACAGGGAGGAAAGGCUCGCUAUGACAGCAACAGGUGGAACAAACACAAUAAUCUGGAUGAAACAAACCUCAUUCGCCAUUGCCGGAGCCUCCAUACUCACAGUGGGCGCUGGAGCAACAGAGAUUAUAAUGAUCGCCUCUUCCAAGAAUGGCCAGAGGACGCAAACCACAGAGGCUACCCCGACCCCAACUACCUGAAGAACGCCACCAGACAGCAGGAACUUUUCUCCAUGUACGUUGAGAACAUCAACAGCGGUUAUCAGAACGACAUGAUCAUGAUGUUGGAAGCUGUUUAUUUCCCGAGUUGGAUAAACACGUCUGAGCAUGAAGGUCAAUUUCCAAACAAUGUCGAUGCUGCUGCCGAGUUCAUGAUGUUGAUGCUGCAAGGAGUUUAUGACUAUACCAAAGGACGGAUACCACACUACUUUGAGCCCAUAAAUGAACCGGAUGGUCGAUGGCGUAUAUUGAAUUUCACAACUGUUGCCACCUUUCACAAAUUAGUUGCGGAGAAACUUCACGCCAGGUUUAACAUCAAAGUGUCUGGUCCUACAGUUAACGGAGAAACUGGCAAGGCUGAUGUAAACAGCUUUUUAUUUUGGAAAUUACUAGUAAAUUUCAUGGACGCCACUUUAGACUAUAUAGAUGUAUUUUCAUUUCAUUCGUACAACUCACUCAUUGUUUCGGGGAAAUCGCAUAAUCUUACUGGUAUGAAUGAAGCACGUCUGGUAGCUUUUGUCGACCUGGUUGAAAACUAUGCCUAUCUGAAGACCGGAAAGAUUAUUCCCCUUGUUAUUAGUGAAUAUGGCCGCGACAUAGUGAUAGGAAUUGACAAAUUUGCUCCCUCGGGUAUAGUAGACUUUUCAACAAUAUACCACUGCAAGGCCCACAGAUUUACCCAACUAGGUCUCCGAGAAUACAUUGACAGAACAGUGGUAUUUCUUUUAGCCAAUGAAGAAAUUAUGGGACAUAAUAGUCUCAACUGGUCCCUUUUCACUCCUCAAGGAAACGCCACACGUAUCGUCGACGUGUACAAGUUUUGGUACAAAUUCACGUCAGGUUUCUCCUUCAUCAGAACUACCAGCCAGUAUGAUGGAGAGGAACGAACGGUGUCGCCGUUAGCAAUGUCUAGUUCCCAGCAUAAUGAAACGGUCAUCCUCUUGCAUAGCUAUUCUCAGAAGUCACAGGCGGUCAAGCUAGACUUUAAGGAUAGCUGGAUCAAACCAACCACUGGAGAAGCUACUUGCAUUACUAUCAAGGACGACUGGUACCCAGUCAUUACCUUCAACGAACCCUUUGACAUCAAGAAGACCAGAGGAAAAGUUAACAUUCCACCUGAGGCAACGUGUCACUUUACAUUCCAGACGCCUUCAAACAAACUGCCUUCAGUCACUCUCAACGAAACCACAUACUACGGAGCUGAAACAGUUAUACCAAUCAAGGACAAUAUCGUCAUGACAGUGAUAUCUCUACCAAAUGCCCAAUAUCACAGUGCAAGACUGAGAGUUUCAACCAGUUGGCCAAUCAAUGAAACAAACAGUGUAUCAAAUCUUACCUUUAACCUUCGCCCCCUUGACUCGUUCCAUAAGCUGUACGAUUCCGACAAGUUUUCCGGCAUCACCCUUUGGGAAGUUUGGGAGUUUGUUGUUCCUGCCUCCCUGUUUGUUACCGGGGCUAACCUGGUACAGGUCCACUUCUCUAACAACGCGACAGCAGGAUAUGUUUCUUCAGUUGCUCUUGUCACAGCAAGGCUUGUCCCAUCUGAUUUCAAGCCAUAAUAAUGAUAAUUACUCUGAAAAUUCCAAAUAUUUGAUACGAUUAAACAUGUGUUUCAAGUCA